AUGUAUUCCCUGCAGCAUCCGCAAAUUGAUGAGAGUUUUCUCCAGUUAAACUCCAAAGUCGAAGAAGUCACAACAUUAUUGCGCAGCAUGAUUAAACCAAGCGAAGAAGAAGUCGAAGCAGCAACACUAAAAAAGGAGACAACAGCUGGCGGUGUUACAGAUGAUAAUUUUAUGGUUACAAAGCGACCAAGCGACACUUCUAUCAAAAACGAUCGCUUCACGUUCAUGCGUCAAGUGGAAGUGGAUCAGGACGAACGAUCCAAGGCGCGUCUGGAACGGGAACGUGUGGCACAGAAUUUUCGCAAACUGGGUAAUGCUAAUUAUCGACAGGAAAAGUACGAGAAUGCCAUUGCGAUGUACAGUCAGGCUAUUGAAAAUAUCAAAGAUAGUCCAGUUUUAUAUAUAAAUCGUGCGCUCUGCUUUAUCAAAUUGGGAAAUUUUAAGCGUGCCAUAAUUGACUGUGAUUUUGUUUUAAAUAAACUAGACGAGAAGAAUUUGCGAUCGUGGCUUUAUCGCGCCAUGGCUUACAAGAGUCUCAACGAUGAGGCCAAUUACGAGAACUGCAUUAAGUAUGUGCGGAAAUAUCACUCGAAGCAAAUGGAAUUCAUCGAUACUUUUAUUGAAAAAAUGAAGGUCACCCUUUGA